GCGCUCGCCUCUCGAUCGACCUUUCCUCCUCCCUCGCCCUCGCUCCAGCAACCUUCUUCCUAGCUUCUUGCUUGAUUGAUCCAUCAGCCCCCGGUCAGAGCUCGAUCGCCGGCCGGCCGGAGCAGGCGCAGCAAUGGGGUUCACGGCGCGACCCGCGGUGUGCAUCGUCGGCGUCCUCCUCCUCGCCGCCGCCCUCCUGGCGGCGGCGGAGGGCGAGUGGGACGCGCCGGAGUCGUGCGCGACCCCGGUGAGCGUGGAGGCGGCGUGCCGGGGGGCCUCGGACACGCACCACGGCGUGGACUACGACCACUGCGUGCGGUCCCUGAACGCGGACGCGCGCAGCGCCGACGCCUCCGCGUCCGCCGGGAUCCACGGCCUGGCGGUGCUGGCCACGAGGAUCGCCGUGGACCACGCCGCCAGCACGGAGGCCAAGAUCGAGGACCUGGCGGAGCUCGAGGCCGAGGCCGGCGCCGACCGCGCCCGGUUCGACCACUGCCUGGAGCAGUACGGCGGCGCCGCCGACCUGCUCCGCGACGCGCUGGACAACCUGCAGGCCAACGUGUACGGCCUGGCCAUGCAGCAGCUCAUGGCGGCGCUGGGCGCGUCCCGGAGCUGCGAGGACGCCUGGAGGGGCGCCCCCGCGCGCGCCGUCCCCGUCGCCGCCCACGACCGCGAGUACGAGCGCCUCGCCCACAUCGCCAUCGGCUUCACCCACGCCGCCGCCAAAUGAUCAUGCAUCGUCGCCUCGCCUCCAUGGAUCGGAUCGUCGUCGUCGUCUUCUUCUUGCAUGGAUUGGAUUGGAUUUCAUCGUCACCAUCACUCAUCGUUCAUUAUUGAUUAUUACCAUUAUUAAUUAUAUAUAAUCAGGUGUAGUUGAACCCCAUUUUCUUUUUCUUCUCUUCACAUCUUCGAUCGAUUGUCCAUAAAAGCAAAUAUUGUAGACCAUGUUUCACUCAUCAUCAGAUAAUAAAUAAAGCAAUUAUAAUAACAAGAUGGAUUCACUCA